UGUGCAUAAUCCAACCCCAUUCUAUCUAUUAAGACGAGUACCAUCGCUUACUUCAAAAGCUUCCACAAUGGCACUAGGACCGUCAGCUUCUCCCUUGCCCGGAGACAGGGCACUCACCGCGGCAGACAGCUCAAGACCCUCCCCUGAGACUUGGAGCGUUCUCGCUGUCUUGCUUGCCACAGUUGUUGUGUACUGGAUCUGGAGCCACCACAAGCUCAAACUGCCGCCUCUGAUCAACCCGCCACGAUUGUUCGACCUGACGCGGACCGGCGUCAAGAAAGACUUCGUCCAGAAAAGCGGCGAGUUGAUCAAUAGAGGGUCUGAGAGGUUUGGGGACCAACCGUACAGCCUUAUGUCGGAUGUAGGAUGUACCAUAAUGCUGUCUCCAAAAUACGUCGACGAGAUCCGGAAUAACCCUGAUCUGAGCUUCAUAAAAAACACGGAACAUGACUUUCAUUCCUACCUCCCUGGCUUUGAGGCCUUUGGGGAAGGGCAGGCCAUCCAGAUCAUGACUAUAGUAGCUAAGAAGCAGCUCACUAAAACCCUAGCUAGGAUAACCAAGCCGCUCUCUGAUGAGACGGCUUCCUCCUUUCAGGCCACCCUGGGUGACUCUCCAGAAUGGCAUGAGGUCAACCUGGGACAGACCGUUAUGAGCGUUGUCUCCAGGCUGUCGUCCCGGGUCUUUCUCGGGGCAGAACUCUGCCGUAAUCAGGCUUGGCUGGAAAUCACCGUCAUGUAUGCUGUUGACGCCUUCAUGGCAAUCGAGAAGCUCCACAUCGUCCCUAAACGUCUCAGAAGCAUCGUCCACUGGUUCCUGCCGGAGUGUCAGCGCGUCCGCAGCCACGUCGCGAAAGCCCGGUCUAUCAUACAGCCCGUAAUCGACGCCCGAGCUCGCGAGAAGCGCGAGGCCGCUCUACAGGGCCGGCCGCUCCCAAUGUACGACGAUGCUAUCGAGUGGGGCGAGGAGGAGUCCCCAAGAUCAAAGUACGACCCAGCGAUUUACCAGCUCGCCCUGGCCAUUGCUGCUAUCCACACGACGACCGACCUCCUGACCCAGGUCAUCCUCAACAUCCUUAGUCAACCGGAGCUGAUCGCCGCCCUCCAGGUUGAGAUCAUCGAGGUACUCAGUAAGGAGGGAUGGGCCAAGACCUCAUUAUACAACCUAAAGCUUAUGGACAGCGUAAUAAAGGAGACGCAGAGGUUAAAGCCGAUUAAGCAAGUGUCCAUGCAACGCAUCGCAGAUGCCGACAUCCACCUGUCAGACGGAACUGUCAUCCCAAAGGGCGUAAAGUGUGCGGUUGCUAACACAACGCGGAAAGACCCUGCUAUCUACGAGAGGCCGCAUGAGUUUGACGGCUACCGCUUCCUCCGGAUGCGGAAGACACCGGGCAAGGAGCACCUGGCGCACUUUGUCACUACUGGGCCAGACUCUCUUGGCUUUGGCCACGGGCAGCACGCCUGCCCCGGGCGCUUCUUCGCCGCAAACGAGGUCAAGAUCGCCCUCUGCCACUUCCUCCUCAAGUACGACGUCGAGCUGGCCUCCGGGUCAGACACGUCGGUGCAGGUUUAUGGCUUCAACCUGUCCCCCAACCGGCAGGCGCAGAUUAGAGUAAGGCGUCGCAAAGAAGAGGUUGAUUUAGAUGGUCUGUGAGAGGUGUGACCUAUUGGGCGUGAGACGGUGUCCUUCUGUAGAUCACAGCUUCUGUCAUGGAAUAGCAGAUAUAAAAGCUACUUGAGGUACAGAUUCGUAAAAUAGGAGCUAUCUUAAGA